AGCCGGUAGAGUACAGGUUCUUGAAAGAUCAGCAGGGACCUGUCAGUGUUUUGGUUAAAAGAAUCGGAAAGAGAAGGAUUUUAGAGGGGCUGAUGGUGCUCCUGUUACCCCUCAUCAUUGUAUUAGCAGUGAUGCACAGUGAUGCUCGGACUCACUCUCUGAGAUAUUUUCACCUGGGCGUCUCAGAUCCUGGCUAUGGGAUCCCUGAAUUUAUUUCAGUUGGGUAUGUGGAUUCUCAUCCCAUCACCAUGUAUGACAGUGUCUCUCGGCAGAAGGAGCCACAGGCCCUGUGGAUGGCGGAGAACCUGGCGCCUGAUCACUGGGAGAGGUACGCGCAGCUGCUGCGGGGCUGGCAGCAGACGUUCAAGCUGGAAUUGAAGCGGCAGCAGCAUCACUGCAAUCACUCAGGUGGCCACACUUACCAGAGAAUGAUUGGCCGUGAGUUACUGGAGGACGGAAACACCACAGGGUUUCUCCAAUAUGCAUAUGACGGACAGGAUUUCAUUAUCUUCAAUAAAGAUAUCCUCUCCUGGAUGGCUAUGGAUAAUGUGGCUCACAUCACCAAGCGGUCAUGGGAGGCCAGUCGGCAUGAGCUACAAUAUCAAAAGAAUUGGCUGGAAGAAGAAUGUAUUGCCUGGUUAAAGAGAUUUCUGGAGUAUGGGAAAGGUACCCUACAAAGGACAGAAUCGAAAACUGUGCUUCUGGCGAUGAAAGCUGUUGGGUUCAUUGUCCUCGCCAUUGCCCUCUCUGGAGUUGGUGUCGUAGCCUGGCAAAGGAGGCCCUGAGUGUUAGCUGAACCCAGCAGAAGUUACUGCAUUUGCUCCUUGGUGUGGGUUGGGUGUGAGAGAAUGUUU